GCUGGUAAUCUGUGUACAAUGUUGUUUAGAAAGUUUUAAUCGUUUCGUAUCAAUCGUUAGAAGUAGACAUUUACUGAUCGCAUUUUGUAGAAGAAGGAAGGCGAUACUACUCAAUGGCCACGGGACAUAUUUUACCAGGAUUUAGUGACUUGAAGGGAGGGGGUGUGGUAUCCAAAUAUCGAUCUCGUUCAGCUGAUCCUGUAAUGACGGGAUAUCGACACCGGGUUAUGGAAUACCCAUCCCCCAGCCCAAAAGAACUUGAUGCGAUCAGGCAAGAAGCGGCAAUGGCAUGGACCUCAGAACUUAAAGAAUGGGAUAAGAAACCAUCCGUUAGGCCAACUACAUAUUCGCAUAGUUUUUAUAACAAAGGUCACGUUUCUACAGAAAGUUUAACCAAGGCAAGACCUACAUCACCAACAAGGAGAAACAAACCCCAUCCACCAAAUGUGUUCCUUACAUGCCAUUUAAAGGAUGUUCCUGGUUAUUAUGAUCCUGGUUCUGCUUUUGGGAAGGAAUUAAACACAGUAGAAGGUUUUCAAAAUCCUGAUUCUAGAGUCAAAACAGAAAUAUACAGAAUUGAUGGUGUUUGCCACAGAAGGGAGCAGCAGCAAAGACAAAAGCUGAGAGAGAAAUACAUUGGCAGACCUGCAACAACAGGGGUGUUACAAUAUCGUGAAGAUAAGGCAAUGAAAGAAUUGUUUCAAGACCCAAGAGCUGCCCAGGCUGCAGAAGCAUGGAUGAAGCUUGCAAGGAGGAAAGACCGUGAAGCUGUGCGAAGCAUGAUUGACACAGCUAGCAACAAAGGAUAUUGUAUAAAAUCAAGUAAACAUAAUGUAAAAGUACCAUACCAAUCCUCUAUACAUAGGUAUCUCAAGGCUGCUGGUGCCAAAGAAGCAAAAUCAGCAUCCAAGUUAUUUGAGACUUUGGACAGCAAUCCUGAAUGGCGCAAGGUCCCAUUGAGUGGCCCGCAUUUCCACAUCACCGACUAUAGCUCCCAAGUAAAGGACGUGCCAACCAAAAUUAAAGUCAAACCCUGGAAAUAUGAUUAUAAAAUUCAUCCAGAAUUUAAUUAAUUUAUCUUCCAAACACAAGUACUACUCAUGAGUUGUUUCAUCCAGCCCGAGGCACAGUAGUUGCAGUGGCGGUGCCAGCGGGGGCAGGGGGCUUAAGUCCCCCACUAGACAGGUCAAGCCCCCCCGCCCGACAGAACUCGUCGGGCGGUCAGACCAUAAAACAUAUAAAAAUAGGCCCACACCAAGCCAACACAUGUCUGCCACAGUCUGAGAGUGCCAUUUUCAGCCAUCCAGAGGUUGAUAUUCUUUAAAAAAAUACCAUUUAGGAGGGGGGAAACCCCCUCUCACCCCUUCCCCCAGCUCGAGCCUACGAGCUCAUGUCCCCCUGUCGGAAAACUUAGCCUCCCAGAAAAUAUAUCCUGGAGCCGCCAUGGAGUAGUUGAUCAACGUAUUAAAUAUCAAGUACCAAAAACGUGGUUCUAUAACAUUAUAAAGCAGUACCAAAUAAACAUGGUUAUGAAGCAUAAGGGGUUGUCAAAUGACGACCUGCAGGCGUGGCUUGCAGGCCAUCAAUGAGAGAGAACUUAUUUAAGAUUAGAUAGGCUUCCCAUUGGAGACUACAGACCCCUAUUUAAGGUUUAUAAAACUGAUUGUGUAAUAAUUUGAUAUAAACCAAAGCAAAUACAGUAUUUGUACAGUACUGUAUGUAUAUUUUAUGCCACACACUCUAGAAUAAAUGAUUAAUAUUCAUUAUCUGAAAUUUGCAUAUUGGUUACUUUUAGAAUAUGCAAGUAGUCUUUACAGAUUAGCCAAGCAAUGGAAGGUUUCGCACGAGGCCAUUACAAUACAAGAAUGUGCUUAUCUUAAGAACAUGAUUAAUGUGUACAGCUUUGAAUCUGGAGCAUCUGAUGGCAGGGUGAGGGCAACCCUAAAAAAAAUGUGCAUUCCUUCCCCUCCAGAAAUUUGUUGAGCAAAUAGAUGACCCUCUCAAUUUUCUAUUGCACCUCACCCAUGGUUAAUACUUAUACACAACUGCUUGGAAAACACCUUGUAUUUUUUGGCCAACACAGAUCAUCUGUAAAAAAUAAUAUUAAAACUAAGGAAUAUUAAAGUGAUAUAGGAGCAGUGCAUGAAGGUUUUGGAAGCGCACUUGAAACAUCAAAGUUAGGGCUUCCUGAUUUAUUACAAACCUUAGGCUAAUGUAUAAUUAAUAUUGUUAAACAGCGAUGGCUCCAGAAAUUUGCCAACAAGGGGUCCAACAUAGGGGUCCACACCAGGGGGCCAGCUAGAGCCGCGGUCAGGAGGCCAUACAAUGGCUUUGUAUGGCCCAAAGGAAUGGCUUCGUAUGGCCCAAAGGAAUGGCUUCAUAUGGCCCAAAGGAAUGGCUUCGUAUGGCCCAAAUUGUGCUUUUAGACCACAAUAUUAUGGAUUGACAAUCAAAAGGACGUUAUUUGGACAGGUGAAUUUUUUUCUCAAUUUUUGAUCUGAAAACCUUGUCGUGGCAUCGGACAACAGGGUGUCCAAGCCUGUCUGGCGGGGAAAUUCCCCCACCCCAGUGCGUCACCACUGCUGUAAUAGUUAAAAGAUAAACAUUACAUUCUGUCUCUCCAAAUGCUGGUGUAUUGCAACUUUUAACUGCAUCAAAGAAUGGAAGCGUUUAGCACAGCAGUUGAGGGUCAGUCUCUCAACCUUGUGGUCAGGGUUCUCUCGCUGUGCAGAUCACUUGUGUCCUUGGGAAAAAUGUUUGUCUCUCUCUACCCAGGAGUAUAAAUGGGUACCAGCAUAUCCUGGGAAGGUAACCAGACUCGCUGUAAGGAGGAGUGGCGAUCCCCUCAAAGCUUGCACAAUCUGGCACCCCCAAUGCUUACAAAAGAGGGAUGAGCACUCUGGACCUGUACAGGUUUGACUACCUUAAUACCUUGAAGCAAAGAACUGUAAAGACAAUUUGAUGUUUACAUUAAGCCACAUUUAUUUUCUAUAUACUUGACAAGGAAACAGCAGAAGCUGGACCAGACAGGCUUCACACACAGAUAUUCAAAAUACAAUAAAUUACUUAAAAAUGCAGGCAAUCUGCUCUAAAAAGUUGGGGUCAUCAAUAUUUACUGUAAAAAUAUUCCUGAUACAAAAUGAUCUCUGUUCUUGGUCUACAAAAAUGGUUCAAAAUUGGUACAUAAAUUAGACCACUUCAAAGCAUUACCAAAAAAUGGGAAGCAAUUAAAAUGGGUAAGGGCAGUGAUAAAUACUUUCUGGUAAAAUAAAUAUUUUGCUGUUUAACAAAAUAUAUAAAAACACUGGUUCUUCUAGCAAAUUUUCUUACAAACUCAGUGGCGGAUUCAAAGGGGGGAGGGGAGCCCAGCCAGACUGGCCCCCCCCCACCCUCUAAAUUGUUCAAAUCUUUUAAAAAUAGAGA